GACACCACCCCCCAUAGAUAGAAAUAAGUUUGCAGAACCCUUCUUAAAUACUCUUCUGCAGUUCUACUUUCAGCUUCCCCCUCAUGGCACAGCAGCCCACUUCCUGGCUCCCCUAGACUCCCAGGCCUUGGCCAGCUGUCCUCAUUCCUUCUCCUCUCAGCCUCGACUUGGGCCCUGCAAAAGGAUCUCUCCCAGACUGUUCUGGUUCUCUGGGCCUCCACUCCCAAGUGGAGCUGAAAGGAAGAGCAGCACAGCAGUCUGCCUGCCACCCAGUACAGGCAGCGGGUAGAGAUGUACAUGGACUGGGAGGGGAAAGGGGUGGCUAUUGGGUUCACUUGCCUACAUUUCCCUUGUAAAUGGGUGUGAGACUGUUGUUUUGUAGAUUUUUUUGUUUUUAAUUUUAAUUUUUGCUCAUUUGAUCAUAUUGGAAGAAAUGUGUGCUGCCCAUUGCUUCACUAAAUUUAGACGCCACUGAUCACCACAAACAGCACAUAUGAAAAUCCACUGAGUGUGACAAAAAGUGAAAUCUGGAUAAUUUGUUUACACAAACCGACAAACAAGUGCAAUGCCUUCAGGAUUCAGCUUCCUCUACUCCGCAACUUAUGCACUGGUACCAGGUCUUGGGCCUUUAAGAAAAAAGCAGCAAGAUUUAUGAUGAAAUCUGGCCUGUGGUCUCUAGAAUACAAGAGGGAUUUGACCAAUCCGCUCUGUAUCUCAGCCAGCCAUGGGCACACGGCCUGUCUUCGUCAUCUGCUCUUCUGGCGGGCAGACCCCAAUGCAGCCCCAGGAGGACGGAGCGCCCUGCAUGAAGCCUGUGAGAGGGGCCACACAGAUUGCACAGAACUAUUACUGGAGCACAAAGCCAAUCCCAACCUCCUGAGCCAUGAUGGUCAAGCCCCUUUACACCUCUGCACGAACCAGAACACUUUGGGCUGCGCCAAAGCUUUGGUGAGAUUUGGUGCCUUGGUUAAUCAGCCAAGUGAAGAGUUCCAAGAAACACCUCUUCAUAUCGCAGCUAGACAUGGCCUUUACCACCACCUGCACCUGUAUUUGAGGUAUGGUGCUACUGUGGAUAAGAAGAACAGUCUGGAGGAGACAGCACUCAGUGUGGCUUGUAAAGAAGCAAAGAAAGUGGAGAACCAAGAAAUCUACUUGCAAGUAUGCAAACGCCUCCUUGAGGAUGGUGCAGAAGUUAACACUGUGGAUGAAGAAGUAAAGAGCCCCCUUCACAAGGCCUGCCGAAAUGCUCACCACAAUUUGGUCCAGCUUCUGCUGCAGAAGAAAGCCGAUGUCAAUGCGAUCGAUUACAAUGGAGCAUCUCCAAUGUCCUGCAUUCUGCAAGCUGCAGCUUUCCAACAAGAGCAGAAGAGACCACAUCUGACUGUGCAGACCUUGCUCAACUAUGGCUCUCAGAAAAUAUGGCCUACGGCUUUUGUCAAGGUCCUGAAAUCUUGUGCUUCAGUGCCAGAGAUCAUUGAAAUCCUCUAUAAUUCCUACCCUCAUCUGCCAGUCUCUGAAAAGUGGGUGGAAGCUAUUCCAAAGGAAGAUUUUCAGAAGCAUUUGCCUUUCUACAAGUCCUUUCUCAAUCAGAUGUCCACAGUUCGCUGCCUGCAACAUUUGUGCCGCUGUGCUAUCAGGAGAAGGUUCAACAGUAGAUGCCAUGAUCUCAUCCCUUUACUACCCGUGCCAAAACCCCUACAAAGCUACCUGCUAUUAGAACCAGAGGGAAUAUUGCUUUGAUGAUCUCCUGGCAGUCCAACCAAACUCGCUGUUGUGCAGGUCUUUGUUUGAUGUAUGAUAACUGACCUGCUUGUGAAUAAAGAGUUUGCAGUGUUUACACUGCAAGAAUUUACAAUGAA